AUGGCACGCCAGGAGGCAGGGUAAACAACGGAAUUGAAGUUUUGAAGGAUGGGUAAAGACUUUCGUUAUUAUUUCCAGCAUCCCUGGUCUCGCUUGAUCGUGGCUUACUUGGUGAUCUUCUUUAACUUCUUAAUAUUUGCCGAGGACCCAGUUUCUCAUAGCCAAACAGAAGCCAAUGUUAUUGUUGUUGGAAACUGUUUUUCAUUUGUAACAAAUAAAUACCCUAGAGGAGUUGGCUGGAGGAUCCUGAAGGUGCUUCUAUGGCUACUUGCCAUUCUCAUAGGACUAAUAGCUGGCAAAUUUCUGUUCCAUCAGCGUUUGUUUGGUCAGUUGCUCCGGUUAAAAAUGUUUCGAGAGGAUCAUGGGUCAUGGAUGACAAUGUUCUUCAGCACAAUUCUGUUUCUCUUCAUAUUUUCUCACAUCUACAACACGAUUCUUCUAAUGGAUGGGAACAUGGGAGCAUAUAUCAUUACAGACUAUAUGGGCAUCCGAAAUGAAAGUUUCAUGAAAUUAGCUGCAGUAGGGACCUGGAUGGGGGACUUUGUCACAGCUUGGAUGGUCACUGAUAUGAUGCUUCAGGACAAACCCUAUCCUGAUUGGGGAAAAUCUGCAAGAGCUUUCUGGAAGAAAGGAAAUGUUAGGAUCAUUUUAUUCUGGACGGUUCUGUUUACUCUCACUUCUGUGGUUGUACUUGUCAUUACAACUGACUGGAUCAGCUGGGACAAGCUGAAUCGGGGAUUUUUGCCCAGUGAUGAAGUUUCCCGAGCAUUGGCUUCUUUCAUCUUGGUCUUUGACCUCCUCAUUGUAAUGCAGGACUGGGAAUUCCCACAUUUUAUGGGAGAUGUUGAUGUAAAUCUUCCUGGGUUGCACACUCCUCACAUGCAGUUCAAGAUUCCUUUCUUCCAGAAGAUCUUCAAGGAGGAAUAUCAUAUUCACAUAACAGGUAAAUGGUUUAACUAUGGAAUUAUCUUUCUUGUCCUGAUUUUGGAUCUUAAUAUGUGGAAGAACCAGAUAUUUUAUAAGCCUCAUGAGUACGGACAGUAUAUAGGCCCAGGGCAGAAGAUAUACACAGUGAAAGACUCCGAAAGUUUAAAGGAUUUGAACAGAACCAAACUUUCCUGGGAAUGGAGGUCCAAUCACACUAACCCUCGGACUAAUAAAACAUAUGUUGAGGGAGAUAUGUUCUUACACAGCAGGUUCAUAGGGGCUAGCCUUGAUGUCAAGUGUCUGGCUUUUGUUCCGAGUUUAAUAGCUUUUGUGUGGUUUGGAUUCUUCAUUUGGUUCUUUGGACGGUUUUUGAAAAAUGAGCAAGGCAUGGAGAAUCAAGACAAAACUUAUACUCGCAUGAAAAGAAAAUCACCGUCAGAACAUAGCAAGGACAUGGGGAUCACUCGAGAGAACACACAGGCCUCAGUGGAAGACCCACUGAAUGACCCUCCUUUGGUUUGCAUCAGGUCUGACUUCAACGAAAUUGUCUACAAGUCUUCCCACCUAACGUCAGAAAACUUAAGCUCACACUUGAAUGAAUCUACCAGUGGGACAGAAGCCGAUCCAGAUCCAACAACUUCUAAAAGUACACCUACGAACUAGAUUCACUUACUUGGAGACAGCACAAAAAGCAACCUUGAGUGUAACUUUAAAAAGUUAGUCUUUCCUUUUGUAAAUGUAAAGUUUACGUAGUGUUAGGUAAAGAAACACAAACAAUGCCACAACGGUGCUCAACAUGCUUUUUCUAGGACUCAUUGUUUUCUAUUUGUAUUAUAAUCUACGUGCCUCCUGUAUAUCUAACAGUCCUUUAGAGAUUGCUUUUCACAAUUGCACAAGCUAUUUACUGACUUUACAGCAUAGUAGAAGAUUAGCUGAUUACCCGUGUAUCUGAUGUUCAACCAUAGUGGUGCCUUGAGACAUUAAACUGUUUUUAACUGUACCAGAAAUGAAGUGUGGAACAGUUCUCUAACCUACUUCACAUGGGGUGUUUUUUGUUUUGUUUUUUUUUUUUUUUUGUAUACAAUUAUUUUUGAUCUACACUUGAUGUCUUAGCAGGAAACAGAUAUAGCCAAUAUGUGGCUUAGGAAGUAUCUCUUUUACCUAUUCAGCAGUGGAGUUGGUGACUCUGACAGCAGGAUUGCAGAGAGGCAUGGUGAUUGCCUUUGAAUUUGUAUUGGCUAUCUGCCAAAUACAAAUACAGAUUCAAAAUUCAGUAAUAG